AUCUCGUGUUGAUGACCAUUCAUAAUUAUCCAGACAACGGUGGAUUGUGGGAGGCACGUUUCAUACUUUAAGAAAAGUGGUCAGUUGUUCUUCAAAGUCAAGUGCUUCAAGAUACGAGACACGUUAAUUCAAAAUGGCCGAUCGGUUCACCGUAGUCGUCAUGUUGCUCAUGUCCACCUCUGCCCUGGCCCUGAAGAAGGGGGAACUUCUGGACAUGUCUUUCGGCUUUGAUGGCAACUCCCUCAGCUAUCCCGGGUUGGGUUUCUUCGAAUUGACGUCACAGUAUCGGGGGCCCUUGAACGCUAUACCGUGGGUGGAGUACAACAAUAUCCUUUCACCGGAACACGUUGGCACCCACAUGGACGCCCCCAUCCAUGUUUCCGAAGGCAAGCUGCACAUCGACGAAAUACCACUCAGUCGCUUCACAUGUCCGGCCGUCCGAAUUGACAUAACUGAGAAGACAAAACUGGACAGAGAUUACGGAAUGACAGUCCAGGAUCUGCAAGACUGGGAGGAGGUCCAUGGCAAGAUUCCAGACGACUCUUUGCUCUUCGUCUACACCGGUUGGGGUGCUUUCUACCCGGAUCGUCUAGCCUACCAAGGAACGACGCGUAAUGACACCUUUCUGGAUGAGCAAGGGGAGUCAUUGGUUCACUCGCCGGGAGUUGCACCAGAAGCAGCCACGUGGCUGUUGGAAAAUCGCAAGAUUUCGGGCAUUGGAUUAGAUGCACCAUCCCUCGACAUUGGUCAGGACACUGAAUUAAUGACCCAUCAGAUUUUAUUGGGAGCAAACAUUUACGGCGUUGAGAACGUGGCAAAUCUCGAUAAACUGCCAAAUACCGGAGCUUGGGUGUACGCAUUCCCCAUGAAGAUUGUAGGUGGAAGUGGUGGAUCAGUGCGUCUCGUCGCCCAGUUGAAGGCGGAUACCUCCGGCGCAGUGAUGCUCUCCGCUUCGUUUGUUACACUUCUGGGCUUGAUCUCAGUUUUGUUUUAUUUGCAAACCUGUAUAUUUUCCAAAAUGGCUCAUCGAUUCACUGGACUCGUCGUUUGGUCCAUGUUCACCCUCGUCGUGGCCCUUGAGAAGGGGGAGAUUCUUGACAUGACAUUCGGUUACGACGAUAAUUCUUUGGCCUAUCCUGGAAAUGGAUUCUUUCAGCUCACCGUUCGAAAUCGAGGGCCGAAGGGCGUCUUUCCUUGGUUGGAAGAUAACUCCUUUUGUACCCCGGAGCACAUUGGCACCCACAUCGACGCUCCGGCACACUUUGCAGAAGGCAAAAUGCGCAUUCAUGACAUACCACUGGGUCGACUGAUACGCCCGGCAGUCCGAGUGGAUAUUUCCGAGAAGGUGAAGGUAAACGGAGAUUACAUAAUGACAGUCCAGGAUCUGCAAGAUUGGGAGGAGGUCCACGGCAAGAUCCCAGACGACUGUUUGCUCUUCGUCUACACCGGUUGGGGCGCUUUCUACCCGGAUCGCCUGACUUACUUUGGUACAACUCGUAACGAUACCUUUCUGAAUGAUCAAGGGGAGUCACUGAUACAUAGCCCGGGAUUGGAUCCUGAAACCGCUACGUGGUUGCUAGAAAAUCGUAACAUAGUCGGUCUUGGGAUUGACACGGCGAACCUCGACUAUGGACAGAACCCUCGUGUAACGAGCCAUCAGAUUCUAUUGGGAGCCAACAUCUACGCACUGGAGAACGUGGCCAACCUGGACAAACUGCCAAACACAGGGGCUAAGGUGUAUGCACUCCCAAUGAAAAUUGUCGAUGGAAGUGGAGCACCUGUACGUAUCAUCGCCAUGUUAGAUGGGGAUAGUUCUUCGGGUGCAGCAACGCUUUUGGCCACAUUCUUUGUUUGUGGAGUUUUUCUUGUAAUCAGUUUGAUUUUUAAAUAGAUGAAUGGCCAUUGGUUUGUCUGAACCACCCUCAUCUCUGUCUUGAAUAGAUACAGUAUAGGGUGUAACUUCUAUAAACGGCUAUCGUUGCGCUAUGCUUAAAUUGAGAGCACUGAUAGUGUUAUUGGAGGUAAUGUCAUGCUAAGUACAUCACUCUAAAAAAAAAACUGCCUGGGGAGAUUUGACCCGGACUCCAGUUUUAUUAGGCCAAAUACUUAGGAGUUAAGAAAGGACCCUUUUCUUGGUCGAAAUGACACUGUAGGCCCCCUAUAGUUUUGCCAAGUUUUCCGGGUCAAACUGACUCGAAAAAUGAUCAACAGAAACGGUUGACUCGCAGUGUCGUUUUCGACCCUGAAAGGUAUUAGGCGGAAUCCGGGUCAACCUGAUCAGGGACAUUUUGAUUGUUAUGUGUGAUUAAUAUUCAUUUCAUUUUAUCAUCGGUACAUUACGCUGAUCAGUGUGAUAACGCAAUUUUAUGUGCGGCCCACACAAAAAGUACAGCUUCAGAAACUACGAAUUUGAUAUACAUCAUUAAAUGAGCUGCUUUUGUUACAUUGCGGCUAGUCUGUGUCGUUUCCAAUAAGUUUAGAACACAUGCGAGCCACGAGUCUGAAAAGGUGGAAGGAUGUCUAAUGUGCAUACUAGUAACGGUCUGGGUUACACAAUGUAUGAGUUACAGAAAUAUCUCUUUUAACUAUUGGUCUAUUUUAACUUUCCAUUUUGUAAAACAUUUUUGUAAGUUUUAUUCGGAUCAUUUGAAUAAAUGGCUUGGUGGAGUCGUAUAAUUUGAA